AUGGCCUUCAUUCGUGCUCGUUCCGUCCUACUCUUUGCGUUCCUUGCGGCGGCGCUAGUGAUGGUUGCCUGCGCCAAAAAGUCCAGAAAAGUCUCUCCCUAUUCAUCUGAGGCCUUCCACGCCACCCUGUUUGGCGAGCUCGAAGUUCCCCAGAAUGACUCCGAAUCUGCCAGGAACGCCGCCGGCGAACCAGACGGAUUGGCGAUAAUGAAAUUGAACAUCUACACGAAAAAAGGCCAGGCAGCGUGGCUCGAGUACAAAGUAAAGGCUUAUGUCUUGCAGGACGAUACCGUGCCCCCGACCAUGACCCUUGUGCACAACGGAACAGAGGGAUCCAAUGGUCCCAUUGUGUUGGAUCUGCCGUGCAAAUACCAAAUCAGAGUGGAAAGGGGCGUGUGGGUUUGCCACGGCUUUCUUGGGAAGUCAAUGGCGCAACGGACACCGUCGUUUGUGUCGACUCUCGAAGCGAUUCGGAAGAAUCCGAGUGGGUUCUAUGGGAACAUUCACACGGAGGCGCAUCCUGACGGUGCAGCGCGUGGGCAGCUGGAAAAAUAUACCAAAAGUGGGUGA